CGGAUUCCUCCCGGAGUCUAUUCUAAAUAGCAUUUCCUUUUGGGGCACGACCAUCGAUAGAUGCCGCACUUCAAUGUCUCCUUUCUUUGCGUGUUUCCCAUCUAAGCCCUACCUACACCUCCUAGCCUAGCCUGGGCAAUAGAACCAAGUGAGACAAUUGACCAUUACCACCUCUUGCGCCCGCGGCAAGCACAGUCAAGAUGGAAGGCCUAGUGGAUCCAGAGACGAUUUACAUGAAGCAGAACUGCAUUGGUGGCGGGAGCUUCGGACGGGUCUACAAAGGCGUCGAUAAGCGUACCGGUGCCUCCGUUGCAAUCAAGAUAAUCGAUGUCGAAAAUGCCGAAGAUGAGGUCGAAGAUAUUAUCCAAGAGAUUGCAAUCUUAUCGGAACUCAACUCCCCUUAUGUCACGCGAUACCAUGGGUCGUUCUUGAAAGGGUCCAGCUUGUGGAUCAUCAUGGAGUUCUGCUCCGGGGGAAGUUGCUCCGAUCUGAUGCGCCCCGGAACGAUUCCGGAGGAGUAUAUCAUGAUCAUCAUAAAAGAGCUACUCCGAGGACUAGACUACUUGCAUAGCGAUAAGAAGCUGCAUCGGGACGUCAAAGCCGCAAACAUCUUGCUUACCUCCAGCGGACAAGUGAAAUUGGCUGAUUUCGGCGUUUCCAGCCAACUCUCAGCUACCAUGACUAAGAAGAAUACUUUCGUCGGGACUCCAUUUUGGAUGGCACCCGAGGUAAUCAAACAAUCUGGAUAUGAUUACAAGGCCGAUAUUUGGUCUCUUGGAAUCACCGCCAUUGAGUUGGCCAAUGGGGAACCCCCUUACUCGGAUAUCCACCCUAUGAAAGUGUUGUUCUUGAUUCCCAAGAACCCCCCGCCGACAUUACAGGGCGAUUACAGCAAGGCCUUCAAGAACUUCGUUGAGCUUUGUUUAAGACGAGAUCCUAGGGAACGUCCCUCAGCCAGAGAGCUGCUAGAGCACCCUUUCAUCAAAAGAGCAAAGAAGACGACCUACUUGACGGAGCUAAUCGAGCGCUACGAGCGCUGGAAUGCAGUCCAUGGGAAUAAGGGGUCUGAAGAAGAAGAGGAAGCGGUUCAGGAACCCUUGGCAAAGACCUCUUCACCUGAAGACGAGGAUGAUCUAUGGGAUUUUGGUACCGUGCGGCCUGCGGGACGCGCAUCCGCUCUGAAGCCGAUGAAAGAAGCGGACAUGAAUGCGCGGAUUCAUGAAACCAAUGAGUGGAACAUGAAAGACGAGCAUCGCAGAGAUAUGUUACGACCAAAGAACAGUAUACCUUCUGCACCCCUGCAAACGAAGCAUAUACCAAGUGCUGUCCCUAAACCAUUGUCACCAACCAAGAUCCCAUUGCCACCAUCUCCCAUCAAGCAAACGCCGGGAGAUCUCCCACCACAGACACCAUCGCACCUACAACAGCCAGUCUCGCGUCAACCAAAGGGAAGCCCCGGUAGCGAAUAUGAUAGGGCCCUGCAACAAGCUCUGGCUGAGGACCUGAGUUUCCUCCAGCUCGAUCGCUCCCCAGGCACCCCAUCGGCUGCCGCGAAGGACCGAGGUGCUCCUCCAGCCGUACAAGGGUAUCAAAAGGCCCGACAGCCACAAUUUCCGGAGGAGCCGUCGUAUCAGGGACGCAUGCCGGCUCAACCAGUUUCGAAUCUCGCGGAUCAGAACGCUAGACCUGCCAUGGAACCUCAUCCACAACGUCAGUCGUUUUCACAGCCCCAUGACAGACACCCUCCCACACCAAAGCAUCUGUCACCACGACCCCAGCAAGCUCCGGUGCAUGAUCCUCAGCCUUCAGCCGUCAGGCCUGACUAUUUCCAGCUCCAUAACACAACUGAUGGAGCACUCGAUGAAAGAGCGCGGGAGGCAAGCCAUUUGCCCUCGUCGAAUGAGAUGACAGCUCUGAACAGCGUUAUAUUACCUGCACUCAAAGCAGCCAUCCGUCGGCGGACACGGCGUCUGGAACUCGUUUCACGUAACUCCUCUAGGGAUGCUGGCGACAACAUGUAUGACCACCAGUCACGACAGGACUACGUUCACGCGAUGAUGGAAAGCCUGGUGGGCGAUGUUUGCAACAUGUUUACAAGGAUUGAGCGGUGGGAUAAUGAGGCACCUGUGGGGAUGGGCGCCCAAGUGACCUCGUUUUUGGAAGGCUUUCUGGAAGAGAUCCUUGUCCGAGUUGAGCCAUCUGACUCUGAUUCAAACCCAAGUAGAGCCUAGAUACGGCUCAGUUCUUGAGCAUGGCGCAAUUCAUAGCGCAGAUUCCAUCCUGAGAGGCUGGAUUUUAAGAGAGAUUCUUCCACUUCGAG